UACCCCUCCACAAUAAAACCCCUGCCCUUCUUCCAGUACUCCCUCUCGUUGGUCUCUGGUUCCAGAGCCUCCUCUCUCUCUCUCUCUCUAUAUCUCCCUUCCAAAGCUCGUCUGAGAUUCCUCGAUCCGACGGUCCAUAUUUGUCCAUCCAUGACUAUGAUGACUCCUCCUCCCUUAGAUCAGGAAGACGACGAGAUGCUUGUCCCGCAUUCCGAUUUCGUCGAAGGCCCGCAACCGAUGGAAGUAGUGCCACAACCGGAAGCUGCCAGUACGGUGGAGAAUCAGGCGGUGGAAGAUCCUCCGUCGUCAAGAUUCACGUGGACGAUCGAGAAUUUCUCUAGGUUGAAUACCAAGAAGCACUACUCUGACAUAUUUUUUGUUGGCGGUUACAAAUGGCGGGUGCUCAUUUUUCCAAAAGGAAACAACGUGGAUCAGCUGUCUAUGUAUUUGGAUGUCGCGGAUUCAGCCAGCUUGCCGUAUGGUUGGAGUAGGUAUGCCCAAUUCAGCUUGGCUGUGAUCAAUCAAAUCCACAACAAGUAUUCAGUAAGGAAAGACACGCAGCACCAAUUCAACGCUCGAGAGAGUGACUGGGGCUUCACAUCGUUCAUGCCUCUCAGCGAACUCUAUGACCCGUCUAGAGGGUAUCUUGUGAAUGAUACGUGUAUAGUUGAAGCGGAGGUUGCAGUUCGUCGGGUUGUUGAUUACUGGACGUAUGACUCGAAAAAAGAGACGGGCUAUGUUGGUCUUAAGAACCAAGGAGCAACCUGUUAUAUGAAUUCCCUUCUUCAGACUUUGUACCAUAUUCCCUACUUCAGAAAGGCUGUGUACCAUAUGCCUACCACAGAGAACGAUAUGCCGUCAGGGAGCAUUCCUCUAGCUCUGCAGAGUUUGUUCUAUAAGCUCCAGUACACCGACAAUAGUGUUGCAACAAAAGAGCUAACUAAAUCGUUUGGAUGGGAUACAUAUGAUUCUUUCAUGCAACACGAUGUGCAAGAACUCAAUAGGGUUCUUUGUGAAAAGCUGGAAGAUAAGAUGAAGGGAACUGUUGUGGAAGGUACGAUACAACAGUUAUUCGAAGGGCACCAUAUGAACUACAUCGAAUGCAUCAAUGUCGACUACAAAUCUACAAGAAAGGAGUCAUUCUAUGACCUUCAGCUUGAUGUGAAAGGUUGUCGGGAUGUCUAUGCUUCUUUCGACAAGUAUGUGGAAGUUGAGCGUCUUGAAGGUGAUAACAAGUAUCAUGCAGAGCAACAUGGGUUACAGGAUGCAAAGAAGGGUGUCCUUUUCAUUGACUUCCCCCCUGUGUUGCAACUUCAGCUUAAACGGUUUGAAUAUGAUUUCAUGCGGGACACAAUGGUAAAGAUAAAUGACCGUUAUGAGUUCCCUUUGCAACUGGACCUUGAUAGAGAAAACGGGAGAUAUCUUUCUCCAGAUGCCGACAGGAGGGUUCGCAACCUUUACACACUUCACAGUGUUCUUGUUCACAGUGGUGGAGUACAUGGUGGACAUUAUUACGCUUUUAUCAGGCCGACCUUAACUGAUCAGUGGUUCAAGUUUGAUGAUGAACGGGUAACAAAAGAAGAUGUAAAGAGGGCAUUAGAGGAGCAAUAUGGUGGUGAGGAAGAGCUGCCACAAACAAAUCCUGGCUUCAAUAACACUCCAUUUAAGUUUACAAAAUAUUCGAAUGCAUAUAUGCUUGUGUAUAUUCGUGAAAGUGACAAGGACAAAAUAAUUUGUAAUGUGGAUGAGAAGGACAUUGCUGAACACCUUAGGAUGAGAUUAAAGAAAGAACAGGAAGAAAAGGAGCAUAAGAAGAAGGAAAAAGCAGAGGCACACCUUUAUACCAUUAUAAAGGUUGCUCGAAAUGAGGAUCUUGCAGAACAGAUUGGAAGAGACAUAUAUUUCGAUCUUGUGGAUCAUGAUAAAGUUCGUAGUUUUCGUAUUCAGAAACAGAUGCCCUUUAACGUUUUCAAGGAGGACGUGGCUAAAGAAUUUGGCAUACCAGUGCAAUUUCAGCGAUUUUGGCUGUGGGCUAAGCGCCAAAACCAUACAUAUCGUCCCAACAGGCCAUUGACACAUCAAGAGGAGAUGCAAUCUGUUGGACAACUGAGGGAGGUAUCAAACAAGGCUCACAAUGCAGAACUGAAGUUGUUUCUGGAAGUAGAGCUUGGACUGGAUUUACGUCCUCUUCCUCCACCUGACAAGACCAAAGAAGAUAUAUUGCUUUUCUUCAAACUUUAUGAUUGCGAAAAAGAAGAGCUCCGGUAUUUGGGGAGGCUUUUUGUGAAAGGUGCUGGUAAACCAGCAGAAAUCCUAACAAAAUUAAAUGAAAUGGCGGGCUUCCCUCCAAAUGAAGAAAUUGAACUUUAUGAGGAAAUAAAAUUCGAGCCGACUGUCAUGUGUGAACACAUUGACAAGAAACUCACAUUUCGAGUUAGCCAGCUUGAAGAUGGGGACAUUAUUUGUUUCCAGAAAUCUCCUCUGGUAGAAAAUGAUGAGCAAUGCCGCUAUCCUGAUGUACCUUCAUUUUUGGAAUAUGUACAUAAUCGACAGGUUGUCCACUUCCGAUCUCUGGAGAAACCCAAGGAGGAUGAUUUCUGUUUAGAGCUGUCAAAGCUUUUCACCUACGAUGAUGUUGUGGAGAGAGUUGCUCGCCAACUUGGCUUGGAUGAUCCAACAAAAAUUAGGCUUACUUCUCACAACUGUUACUCUCAACAGCCUAAGCCCCAACCCAUCAAGUUCCGGGGUGUAGAACAUCUGUCUGACAUGCUGGUCCACUACAACCAGACUUCCGAUAUCCUGUAUUAUGAAGUGUUGGACAUUCCUUUGCCAGAAUUGCAAGGCUUGAAAACUCUGAAAGUUGCUUUCCAUCACUCCACUAAAGAUGAGGUGGUUAUUCACACUAUUAGAUUGCCCAAACAGAGCACUGUAGGGGAUGUAAUCAACGACUUGAAAACCAAGGUUGAACUGUCUCAUCCUAAUGCCGAGCUUCGACUGCUUGAGGUUUUCUAUCACAAGAUAUACAAGAUUUUUCCACCAAGUGAAAAGAUCGAGAACAUAAAUGAUCAAUAUUGGACAUUGCGUGCAGAGGAGAUCCCAGAAGAAGAGAAAAACCUUGGCCCUCAGGAUCGAUUGAUUCAUGUUUACCACUUCACAAAAGAUGCAGCUCAGAAUCAGAUGCAGGUUCAGAAUUUUGGGGAACCUUUCUUCUUGAUCAUCCAUGAGGGAGAGACUUUAGCUGAGGUUAAAGUCCGUAUCCAGAAGAAAUUGCAGGUUCCCGAUGAAGAGUUUUCGAAGUGGAAAUUCGCAUUCCUUUCACUGGGUCGACCAGAAUAUCUUCAAGACACCGACAUCGUGUCUAGUCGUUUUCAGAGACGAGAUGUUUAUGGAGCUUGGGAGCAAUACCUUGGGCUGGAGCACUCAGACAGUGCUCCAAAAAGAGCUUACGCAGCCAACCAGAACCGUCACACAUUUGAGAAACCUGUGAAAAUCUACAACUAAAAAAAUUUGCAGCGGACCUCCAAAACGGUACAGGCCGAAUCCGAUAUCCGCAUUAUCUCCA